AAUAAAAAAAGGAGUGCGCAGCAACUGUGGGGCUACAUGUGCACACACCCAUCCAGCUCCUCCAGCAGAGUAAAUCCCCAAAGCCGCCAGCGGGAGAGUCGGACGGAGGCGCAGGAGGUUCGGAGGAGGACGGAGCUCGUCCCGGUGCUUUGCGUCCAGACGAGGAGGACCAGCAGCAGGAGGAGGAUCAUGUUUGUUCCCCUGCCGGUGCCGUUCGUGUUUCAGAGAACCGCCCCUGACCUCAACGCCUGGCGUCUCAAGUCCCCCCUGGCUCUCCGCUCCAACUCCGACAUCAGGAUGUCAAAGCCAGCAGAGGUUGAGAAAGUCGGGGCUGACUCACCUUUAGAGGGCACAGAGUCAGAGCGGAAUGGACCUGAAUCAAAUCACCAGGCUCAGUCCAUGAAAAUCUGCCCUUUUCCUCUGUCACCAAACCUGAACAGCAGCAAGAAUAAGAUGGAUGAGUGUGCUGAAAUGUCCCCGGGCCUUCCUCCUUCUCAUGGCCCGACCCCCUCACAAACAGCGCUGCAACACACACAGCUCAUGCUGACAGGCUCCCAGCUGGCAGGGCUGACAGCUUUGCUGCCGGCGCAGCAGCAGUUACUGCUACAGCAGGCCCAGGCGCAGCUCCUGGCCGCCGCCGUGCAGCAGUCCAAUGCAGCGCACGCAGCUCAUGCCGCUCACGCAGCCGCUCAAGCCAAUCAGCAAGCUCAGGCAGCUGCGGCAGCAAAUCAGCAGGCCCAGCAGCAUCAGCAAGCGGGACAGACAGGGCAGCAGGUUCAGUCCCAGGGACAGAGCACGCAGGAACAGAGCACCCAAAGUGUCUCUGUCCCACCUCCUCCACAUCAGCUCACCCUCUCCCAGCCAAUCCAGCUUACAGCCCAGGACAUUCAGCAGCUGCUGCAGCUUCAGCAGUUGGUGUUGGUGCCUGGUCACACGCUUCCAUCACCAGCCCAGUUUCUCCUCCCCCAGGCCCAGCAGGGCCAGCAAGGACUCUUAUCGACACCAAAUCUUAUUCCGCUACCUCAGCAAAACCAAGGCAGCCUCCUCUCUGCUCCAACUAGAAUGGGACUCCAGACACAUAUACAGCGAGAUAAGAGUAUGGAUGUGAGCAGCGGUGGAGGUGUGACCACGGUGCCCCCUGUGACCCCUCACCCUGACGAGCCCAGUGACUUGGAGGAGCUGGAACAGUUCGCCCGCACUUUUAAACAGAGACGCAUCAAACUGGGCUUCACACAGGGAGACGUAGGCUUGGCAAUGGGCAAACUGUAUGGCAACGACUUCAGCCAGACCACCAUCUCUCGCUUUGAAGCUCUCAACCUAAGUUUUAAGAACAUGUGCAAGCUGAAGCCGCUGUUGGAGAAGUGGCUUAAUGAUGCAGAGACCAUGUCCAUAGACAGCACCCUGCCCAGCCCCAGCUCCCUGUCCUCGCCCUCUCUGGGCUUCGACGGGGUUCCUGGCCGUCGCAGAAAGAAGAGAACCAGCAUCGAGACGAAUGUACGCGUGGCUCUGGAGCGAGCAUUUAUAACGAACCAGAAGCCCACCUCAGAGGAGAUCCUGCUGAUCGCAGAGCAGCUCAACAUGGAGAAGGAAGUGAUCCGGGUCUGGUUCUGCAACCGCCGUCAGAAGGAGAAGCGCAUCAAUCCCUCCAGUGCCACCCCUCCCCUGCCGAGCCAGCCCCCCACCGCCCCUCAGUCGCACAAAACCCCCUGCUACAGCCCCCACAUGAUGUCCAGCCAGCUGUCGCAGGCCGUGACCAGCCUCAGCAACACAACGGUGACCACCAUGUCCUCCGUCUGCCCCCUGACCUCCAGCCUCACCUCCACUCACCCUGCUCUCACCUCAACCCACACCCCUCUGAGCUCCACGCCCUCCCCGGUGUCUCCUCCACCUCCUCCUCGCAGCACAGCCAGCCCCGCCACUCCCAGCCACAGCACACUCAACCUAAACACAGGCUUAUGGCGUAUGGGUAAAAAGAACGGUGACAUGUCCAACUACAUCACAGAUUUUGCUGCAAACUUGAGGAACACUGUGAUGGGAGUUAACACAGGGAUGAACCAAGCCCUCCUCGGUAACAAUCCCCUGGCAACUAUCCAAGCCCUAGCAGCCAGUGGUGGCCAGCUGCCUCUUUCCACUCUUGAGGGCGCCAGCAAGGUGAUGUUAGGGGCCUCUGGGGGCCAAGGAUGUGGCCUUCCAUCCUCCCUCUUCCUCAACCACCCCACCCUCCUCCACAUGGGCCAGAACCCCGGUGCCGGAUUGAUCAGUGCCGCCGUCGCCAAAGUGUCCCAGGCCUCCCCGUUCCCCUCAGCCAGCAGCAUCAGCCCCACGCCCUGCUCCCCCUCCCCCUGCUCCAGCCCCGCUUCUUCCUGCUCCUCCAGCGAAAUGGCACACAGCCCGUCCUCCCUGGGCGGGCGCAAGAUCGAGUGACCACACCCGGGGCCAAUCAGAAAGGAGGAGAAAAGAGGAACCUCGCCUUUCACACCAAAGCUAUCUCUUUCUCUCUCUUGUGCUCUUCUUCCAUUCUUUUGACUUGAGUUGGAUUUUUAUUGCAAUGGCUCUCUCCCUUCUUUUCUCCCCGUCUUUCAAUGCCAAAAAUACACAGAAUGAAAGAGGAGAGAAGGAGGGAAAGAAGAGGAGGGAAGGGAGGAAAGAGGAAGAUCGAAACCAAAAAUCUUUAUCUAUCCAAACAGAUGAAACAGAGACACCGUGGGACAUUUUUGUCUGUGAUAUCGACGUGGCACGUCUCCGCUCUUUGUCUCUGGAAGGACGACGAAACCAACGGCUCUUUAGCAAAGAGUCGUCAGAGACGGCAGGCGUCCCAAGUGCAAAACCCAAAAGUGACAGAAGGGAACUUUAAGAUAUGGGAACGGCGUCACAGACAAAGAAGAUUAAACGAAAAACAGAGAAGAAGAAAAAGACUAUGCUCACUUUGCUUUUUGUUUAAAAAAAAAAAAAAUGUUAUUUUGAAACGCUGCGGGUUUGAAAAGAAGAGGAGCAGGGAGGAUACGUUUAAACCAAAUAUGUACCUGAGGAGGAGGCGGAGGACAAAUACACAAAGACAAAAACAAACAAACGAGAAAAAAAAAACAAUCGACAAGCAUACCAAAAUCACAAAUACCAAAAAUACGGAGAGAAAAGCUUUAUUCAAAGGACGUGUAAAUACUGAAGCUAUCCAGGACCAGGACUCUACUGCAACACACACAUUUAUACACAAACAUGAAGAACCAGCCCAUCACGUCAUCGACUCAUCCUGUCUGUCAUGUGUCUGAUAUUUUUAUGAAUAUUCUUUAAAUAUUGCUACAUUUCUGUCGUGAAUGUCUGCUGGAACUGUCUCUUUACCUACCUCUGGUUCUAAGAGCACAGAAAAGCACACAUCUCUCCUCUUGUGUCCAAAAAUCUUGUUAGCAAAAGUCUAGUUUGACAUUUGUUUAAUUAUUAUUUAUUAGCUCCUUUAUUGUCACAAGUCAGCUCCUAUUUAUUG